AUGUCUGGGCCGCUUACAGCCGACUGUCUUAAUGAAAUGUUAGAGUAUUUAGAGGAUGAUAAGGUUACUUUACAUUCUUGCCUGCUGGUCAAUAUUGACUGGUGUAAGGCUUCUGUAAGAAUAUUAUGGAGAAACGUUUGGAAUCUCAUUUAUGACUCUUACGAUAAUCAUAAAGUGGAACGUUCAAUUAUCAACACCUUGGUCUCUUGUCUUCCUAACGAAUCAAAAGACUUGCUAUAUAAAAAUAACAUUGGUAUCAAACCCCCUUGGAGAUCUCCAAUACUAAAUUACGCAUCAUAUUGCAAAGUUCUUCCGAUUCGUGAGAUCGUUUUAAUGAUUAAAAGGGUCCUCAAAAAUCAACUUAUGCAUUCACAAUAUUCAAAAUAUAGUAAAUAUUUGAUAACGCAAGAAUUAUUCAAAAUGUUCAUGAACCAAAUCACAUCAUUAAAGUCUUUGGAUUAUAGAUUAGGAUAUAUUAAACAAGUUCAAAAUGUCACUUUCACCUACUUUUCUGGGGCAAAGAAUUGUUUAAAGGAUCUUUCAGAAUUCAAGUGUGACUCUAAUAUUUAUUUUGAAGUUUUCUAUCAGUUAUCACAAAUCUGUCAUAACAUAGAAUCGAUGUCGAUAUCAUUCAAAGAGAACAUUUCUGAUGGUCUGGCGGAUUUAAUCUCAUCACAAAAGAAUUUGAAACAGUUAAAAUUAAUGCAAUCUCAUAAUGGGAUGGAUUGGUCGGUCAUAAUACCCUCAAUGAAAAACCUUUCUACCAGCUUAACAAAAUUGGCAUUAUUUGGAGAGAAUAAUAUACCAAUGUCAUUCAUUUCUUUAUUCACAAAUUUACAAGAAAUUAUCUUUUCAUUUGAACACUUGGGAUCUUUUGAUGAUUUCAGUGAAUUACAACAUGUUCGAUUUCCACAUUUAAAAGUUUUAAAAUUUAAGUAUGAAUGUCCAAAAUACAAAUAUCUGAAUAAAUUUUUAGAGGUUAAUGGAAUGAAUUUAAAAGAAUUCAACGUAAAUUAUGACAACGAUUCAUUAAAUUUUUCCAUUGCAAAAUAUUGUCCAAACCUUAAAUCGCUCUUCACUAUAUUCAUUGAUAAUGAUGUGAAAACUUUUAAGUCUAUUUUAGAAAGUUGCCAACAAUUAGAAAGUAUUAAAGUUUUGUGUGGUGACGAAUAUCUAAAUGAAAAGCAUGUCUUGAAUAUCAUCGCAAAAUAUUCACCAAAAAGUUUUCACACGUUAAAGUUGUAUAAUGAAAUGGACUCAGAUUUGCUUCCAAUAGAUUUGGAGAACUUUCUUAUCAAUUGGGAGAAACGAGUUCCAAAGUUAUCACUUUCUUUGAUUGUUAUUAAAAGUAAUCGUGUAAAUAGUUUAGAGAAUAAUGAAGAAAAUAUGAGAAUAAUUGAAAAAUAUAAGAAAUUGGGUGUUAUUGAGAAAUUUAGAAUUGACGAAUUUAAUAGCUAA